UCAAUAAACACGCGCACACACACCCAAUUCACCUUCAAACCACAAUAUUUCAUCUGAAGAUGCGGCGCAGUACAUUAGCAAUCAUGAUAAACAACAUGAAGAAGAGUCCUCGCAUAGCCGAUGAGAGCGCGUUGGAUCUUCAUCAUCAUCAUCGUGACAACAUGAAUAAUGAUGUUAGAUCGAGAGAGAGGUUGUUGUGGGUGUUGUCGUCGAUCGUUCGAGCGCCAUUUUCCUGCUUCUCUUCGCAACAUCAUGUGAGUGAUGCUGACAGGGUGUGGGCGUCAGGGGAGUAUGUUGAGAUUUCAGAAAUUAAUCAUAUUAUGGUGAGUGACAGUAUGCGUUAUGCCGUCUUGAUGUAGACUAGACAGAGAUUAUGUCAUGUAUAUGUAAAGCCAUGAAGACUUUCAAUUUUGUUUUUGCAUAUUUGUAGUAGACUCAUAUCCCUAUCUAUCUAUAGUUACACUCAAGGGGUUUGAUUAAUUGAUAAGAAAAUGUACUUUUAAGUUAGA